UACUCCCGCCGAUCGUGUCGUUAGGUCUUUUCAAUAUUUUUCAGAUAUAUUGCACUUAAACUUUUUCGCAGAAUUUUUGAAAGUCAAUGUGUAGUAGUCGGAAUUCUUUGAAAGUGAUGCCGGUACGUUAAAUACGACUCGGUAUUAAAGAGUAAACCUGAAAGCUUCUGACAAGAUGUCGGAAUCUUUCACCAUUCAAGUAGCCGAUUCUCUUCGGAGGUUUGAGCCAAACUCACCGAGAUCUUCCCCGAGAGGAAACCGGAGCCCUGUUGUUCCAAGACAGCAAGAUUCCACAGGAACAUUGAAAACAACCAUAUCUCUUGGAAAAACCCCAACCAUUGUUCACACUGGUCCUUUUUAUCUUCACAAAGAAUUACCAGGAGAUGCUGACCUCACCGGAGCAACAAACCUGAUGGCUCACUAUAAUUUGGAACAUUCUUACAACAAAUUUAGUGGGAAAAAAUUCAAGGAUUCACUAUCAUCCUUCUUGCCUGGUUUACCUGGCAUGAUUGAUACACCUGGCAAUACUGAUAACUCUUCUUUGAGAUCCAUUAUCGAAAAGCCUCCAAUUGGUGGGAAGGACUUGGCUUUUCUAAAUUCCUCACAACUUGCAGGAUUCCGCCUUCAUCCAGGACCAUUGCCUGAGCAGUACCAAAUUUCUUCCAUGGCUCCUCAGAAAAAGAAGCAGAAACACAAGAAGCACAAAAAGAGCAGUGAAAUAUCGGUUCAAGAGCCUGGGAUUGGGCUAGCAGGACCUGGGGUUGGAGUAGUAGGAGAGGGAGGAGCUGGCUCCGGAGGUGAAUCCUACGAAAAGAAGCAUAAGAAACAAAAACGCCAUGAAGAUGAAAAAGAUCGUAAGAAGAAAAAGAAGGAAAAAAAGAAAAAGAAACAAAAACACAGUCCAGAGCAUCCGGGCGCAUCAGCCUCACUAGCUACAAAUUCGAACAGCAAUCCACCAGGAAUGAUGCCUCUUCUUUAAUAAAAUUUCUUGUCACAUUGAUUUAUUUCAAUUUUCACUACUUCAUUCGAGAGUAUAAAUAAAAUUCCAUACAAUGACCGAA